AUGUCAUAUUUAUAUGGCGGCAUAAACCAACAACAAACGAUUAAUCCACAAAAUGUGGCUAUGGCUGAGCAAGAACUAGAAAUAGUGACGGAUACUUUCCAACGUAUUGUUGAUUCUUGCUUCAAAAAAUGUAUUCCAACACAAUACCUCGAAGGUGAACUGAAUAAAGGUGAAUCAGUGUGUAUUGAUCGAUGUGCAACGAAAUUUUUCAAAUAA